AUGACGGAUCUCCACGGGCAGGCCGAGGCCGCUCAGGGCCGCCACGCCACUAGCUCUGCGACGCCCCAGAUUCGACUAUCUUGCGAAAUGUGCCGACGGCGGAAGAUCAAGUGCGAUAAGCUGGAUCCCUGCUCCAAUUGUGAACGCCUGCGCGUCACAUGUGUCCCCGUUGAACGAGCCCGACUCCCACGAGGCCGAUCUAGCCGGGGCGCCGCGGAAAAACGACCGAACAACGAUACGCGCCUCAAAGAUCGGAUUGCUCGUCUCGAAGGCCUAAUCCGCGGUAUCGCGGACCACGGGGACGACGAAACGACUGUCGAUGGCUUCCCCUCUUCCAAAGCCUCGUGUAGCACAAGGAGUCGGGAAAGCUCCGCCCAACCUCAAUCUCCCGGCAACGGAUCCCAAAUUGAAGCAAAAGAUGGGUCACGGUCGCCGGCCUGCUCCUGGAAGGGGCUUUUCAGACGAAGGCACGAUAUGCGUGAUACAUGUGGGCAAACCUCUCUAAAUCCGAACUGUGACAGCAGGAGCAUGUGUUACCAGAGGAUCCUCCUAAUGUCUAGAGGCUCUGGGACUCAGAAAGAGACGGUGGAGAGAGGCGAGUUCGUUGACAGAACCACGCAACAAAAGCUGUGUCAAAUCUAUUUGCAGAGAGUUGAUCCCUUCUUCAAAAUUCUUCACAGGCCCUCCCUGAGUGCCUUUCUCAUUGACGGAAAGCCUUACUUGAAUUAUGCACCUGGAAGCCUGGCUCCCAAAGCAUUGAAAUACGCCGUCUGCUUUGCGGCAAUCUGCAGCCUUGAUGAGGAGGAGUACAAGCACAUAUUCAAGGUCAAGAAAACACUGAUGGUGGAACGCUAUCAGAAAGAGGCAGAAUCGGUGCUAACACAAGCCGAUUAUAUAACGACUAAUGAUUUGACCGUGUUGCAGGCUUUCACCCUCUUUCUCCUGUCAUCUCGAUCUCAGGACCAAAGCCGACGCGUUUGGACUAUGCUUAGCAUCGCGCUUCGCAUUGCCCAGGCCCUUUCCCUACACAUGGCAGAACCGCCAUUUCCCGUGACACCGUUUCAGCGAGAAAUGCGCAGACGACUCUGGACCGCUAUCGGGUUUCUCGACAUCCAAGCUGCGACAGACCGCGCAUCCGAGCCCAUGAUGCAAGUCGCCUGGCUACAAUCCAACCCCCCUUCGAACGUCAACGACCACGACAUCAGCUUUGAAAUGGACACCCCCGUCCAAGAGUCCACCGGUUUCACUGAUAUGACAUUCACCAUGAUCACCCUCAAAGCGCAAUGCGUCUCCCGCAUCCUUAAUUUCACCAGCGCCGCCUCCCCAAUUGUCGAGCCGAUCCACUCACGCCAGCAACUCGUCCUCGACUUCCAACACACGGCAUCCACCCUCCUCCAACACGCACAACCCCACACCAUCCCCUUCCACUGGUUCGCCCGACAAGUCGCCGAAUGCAUCAACGCGUGCAUGCAACUGAUCGUUCUGCGCCCUCUCCAACAACACCCUAAAUCCCCCCCUCCCCGCGUCCACGGCGACCGUCUCCUCAAACUCGCCGUCGACGUCCUCCUCAGGAACCAAGAAAUCCGCAACAACCCCCGCGCGCUCCCCUGGCGCUGGAUCGAGUAUACCUUCGUCCCGUGGCAUGCGCUCGCCGUCGCCAUUUCCGAGCUCUGCGUCUGCCAAGACCCCGCCCUGAUGGCUAAGUCCUGGGCCCCUAUCGAGCAGGCGUAUGAACGACUGGGCCGUCUCGUCGCGGACACAUCCCAGGGCCGAAUCUGGAAACCCAUGGAGAACAUCAUGGCCCAGGCACGCAUGAGAAGGGAUCAACUGCUGCAGUCCCCAUCUCGGCACCUAUUCUUCCAGGUGUCCUAUCCAUCUCAACCUGCGGCCUCGCAACCAAGGAUACAAUCUUCGCAGGGCUUCAUGCAGCCUGCACCUAUCGAUUACGCAACUAGCGCGGCUGCGCCGUCUUUCGAGAUCACCGGAUUAGGACCCUGGCCGAGCGUCUGGGACGCCGUGGACUGGACGAACCCGCUCGGAGAGAAUGAGAUGUCGUGGUUGAAUUACGAGAACUUUAUAGGGGACUUGCACGGAAUUACCGAUCUGUCGAGUGUUCAGUAA